AGCAUUCCAGCCCCAAUUUCCAAUAACUCCGGUGGACAAAAAUUUGACAUUCAUUUUUCAACAGCAAAAGUGACAAGUGAUAAAACAAAAACAAAAUGUUCGUAGUACGUCGUAGCGCAGCGCGCCUCUACCCCAGUGGAAUGCAAUUAGCCAAGAUGAGCGAUAGCCAACUUGGUGAUUUAGGCAGCGGUGCUGGUAAGGGUGGCGGCGGCGGUGGUUCGAUUCGCGAAGCUGGUGGUGCUUUCGGUAAAAUGGAAGCGGCGCGUGAAGAGGAAUACUUCUACAAAAAGCAAAAGGAACAACUCGACCGCUUGAAGAACGAUCAGAUCCAUCAGGCUGAGUUCCACGCUCAACAAAUCAAAGAGCAUGAAGAAGCCAUCCAGCGCCAUAAGGCCUUCCUCGAAAACAUUAAGAAGUAAAUCCAGCCAGCUCUUGAAAGCUAACACAUUAUUAAGUGAUUACGCCGUCGACGACAGGAUAAAGCAAUCACUGAAGAUGCUUCAAGAAAUGCUUUGACAUUUCUAAUUUAAGAUAUAUAAAACCGUUAAAAAUUUUUCACUUUUACUAUUUUUUAUUUUUAUUAAGUUUUAAACGCUCACAAGCAGAAAGAGAUCGUUGUCCGGUAAAGGUAUAUUAACGAAUUAUUAAUUCUCCGCAGAAAAUAUAAUAAAAUGAUGAUCACUUAAAUUAAAAAAAAAAAAAAA